AUGCAAUGUUGUUUCGCACUGAGCGGGAAGACAACAAAAGCAGCCAAGAAGAAGGUUUCCAACCCAAAGAAGGCCGGCCCCAGCGUCAGCGAGCUCAUCCUGAAAACUGAGGCAGCAUCCAAGGAGCGGAGCGGUGUGUCUGCGGCAGCCCUCAAGAAGGCUCUGGCUGCCGGAGGCUACAAUGUGGAGAAGAACAAGGCCCGUGUCAAGACAGCCAUCAAGGGCCUGGUGGCCAAAGGGACUCUGGUCCAGACCAAGGGGACCGGGGCCUCCGGAUCUUUCAAGAUGAGCAAGAAGGCAGCCGAGCCCGCAGCCAAGAAGCCCGCAGCAGCAGCAGCAGCAGCAGCAGGAGCCAAGAAAGGCAAAGCAGCAGCGGCCAAAAAACCCAAAGCAGCGGCCGCCAAGAAGCCCGCAGCCGCUAAGAAGUCCCCGAAGAAGGCCAAGAAACCCGCGGCAGCGGCAGCCAAGAAAGCCGUGGCCAAGAGCCCCAAGAAGGCCACCAAGAGCCCCAAGAAGGUGGUGAAGAAAGCUCCUGCAGCCAAGAAAGCCCCCGCAAAGAAGGCUGCAAAGCCCAAAGCCAAGAAGGCAGCACCCAAGAAGAAGUGAGCUGUCAGCAGUCUGAAUGUGUCCGACUAAAGGCUCUUUUAAGAGCCACCAACACUCACCUUAAAGAGCAAGGUCCUGGUUAUUAUUGUUACUGUUGUUGUUAUUAUCUCCAGAUGUUAGGAGGUUUUCUAUUAUUGUUACAAUGUAACCUGAUCUGAGGCUGUCUGUCAACACUGGUUAAGACAUAUAAAGGUAAAAUGUAUCAUAAUGUAUUAUAGAAAACAAAUAUCUGAGGAGAGCCAGUCAGCUAAUUUAUAUUUUUCACUCUUUUAUAUUUGAGGAUUUUUUUGUAUAGUGAUUGUAUGAAACAUAAAAUAUUAGAACAUGAAGGAGAAAACAACUUUACUCACUUUACUAAGAGUGAGACAAACUAACCUGAAUACAGAAAUCUUCACAUUGGAUUUACAGUAAUAAUAAUUUAUUGUUCUGUGUAACCUAAAACUCAUAAUUAAUCAGUGUUACGGUUAUACGAGAACAAUAAUAACAUUUUAGUUUUUAUAACAGUGACAUGAUAAUCAAACUGACCCUGGAACAUAAUGAGCAUAUUGAACAUAUAACAUGUCUUUAUGUCUAAUACAUCUUUAGGCCGUUAACAUUGAAUAAUAUUAUAUAUAUAUAUAUAUAUAUAUAUAUAUAUAUAUAUUAUAAUAGCCUAUAUUGUGGUUUUUGAUGUUUACUUUAGUUCCAACCUGUCAAAUCUUUAGAUUUAACACAUCUGAUGUUUAACUUUGUUACAUUGAAACAGAUCUUCUGUUAUUGUUACAAUAUAACCUGAGCUGGAUAUUUCUGGUUCUAUUAUAUUGUUAUACAGGUCAUCUGUCAACACUGGAUAGUAAAGACUAAUGUCAGAACAAGUUAAUAAAUGACAAUAUAGAGAGAUUAAUAAUGUGAGUCAAUUAAAUAAGCUUUGUUUUUAUAUUUGAGGAUUUGUUGUAUAUUGAUUGUAAGAAAUAAUGUCAGAAUAUCUUCACAAAAGUCUAAUAAAAUAAAUAAACUACUUAA